AUGCGCCUCGAGGGCCUUCAGGAGACGCCUAUUUUUCUCUCGCCGACGAAUAUUCUCCUCCGCGGCUCCAAGUUAAGAAACACGCGGUUCGCGGUGGGUCUGGUGGUGUACUCGGGUCGCGAGACGAAGAUCAUGAUGAACGCCACGGAUCCGCCGUCCAAGCGAAGCUUCGUGGAAAGGCGGCUGGAUUACGUCAUCAUUUUCGAGCUCGUUCUCAUGCUGACGCUCGCGAUCUUCCCCGCCGCGGUCUUCGCGGCGCGGCUGUCGUACCAGGAGCAGUACAUGUGGUACCUGGAGCUGGAUCAGAACGCGCAGCUUACGGGGCUUAACAAGGCGCAGUAUAACGCGGACAACCCCGCCCUGGCGGGCGUGCUGCAGUUUUUCACGUGCCUCUCCCCUCCCUUCUCAUCCCUUCCCCUCUCAACCCUCUCCCCCUUUUCCAUCCCCUCCCCUCUCAUCCCUUCUCCUCGCACAUCCUUCCCCCCUCAUCCCCCGCCCUUCCAUCUCCUCCUCUCUCAUCCCUUCCCCUCUCAUCCUCCCUCCCCUGCAGGCCACUUGGUGUCCACUCCGCUGUACGUGACGCUGGAGAUCGUGCAGCUGCUGCACACUGCCACUGCCCCUCUCAACCCCUCCAUCCCCUCUCAUUCCCUCCAUCCCAUUCCCUCCCCUCUCAUCCCCUCUCAUCCCCUCUCAUCCCCUCCAUCCCCUCCAUCCCCUCUCAUCCCCCUCAUCCCCUUCCCUCCCCUCUCAUCCCCUCCAUCCCCUUCCUUCCACUCUCAUCCAUUCCCUUCUCGUCCCCUCCUUUCUCAUCCCCCUCCUCAUCCCCUCCCCUCUCAUCCAAUCCCCUCUCAUUCCUUCUCCUCUCACAUCUCCUCCUCUCUCAUCCCCUCCCCACUCAUUCCCUCCCUCCCGUACCCUCACCUCUCGUCCCCUCCCCUCUCAUCCCCACCCCUCUCAUCCCCACCCCUCACAUCCCCUCCCCUCUCAUCCCCACCCCUCACAUCCCCACCCCUCUCAUCCCCACGCCUCACAUCCCCUCUCCUCUCAUCCUCUCGCCUCGCUGCGCGCCCUUGUGCCCCUUACCCAUCCCCCGUAUCCCCACUCUCAUGCUACUUUGUGCCCAUAUCACUGUACGUGACGAUGGAGAUAGUGAAGCUGCUGCAGGCGGUGACGAUAUCGAUGGAUCUGCACAUGUACUACGAGGACAAGGACAUCCCCGCCCUCGCCCGCACCUCCAACAUCAACGAGGAACUCGGCAUGGUGCGCACGGUGCUAUCAGACAAGACAGGCACGCUGACGCGCAACCAGAUGGAGUUCUUCAAGUGCUCCAUCGCCGGCACGCCCUACGGCAUGGGCGUCACCGAGGUCGAGAAGGCCGCCGCCCAGCGCGCAGGCCGCCCUCCCCCAGAAGAAGACGAGGACGACGGCGACCAGGUGUACCUCCCCGAGCGCCCCCUGGAGAAGGGGUUCAACAUGCGGGACCCGCGGCUGGACGGCAUGAAGUGGGUGGAGCAGCCGUGUGCAGAUGAGAUCCGACGGUUCUUAGAGGUGCUGUCCGUGUGCCAUACGGUUGUGGUGGACACGGCGCCUAUUGAGCGCGCUGCGAGUAGUAACAUCUUUGCCAUGGGGAGUGCUGCUGCGGGCGUGGGGGGUGGGGGUGGUAUGGGGAAUGGUGCAGGCGGGGUGGGCGUGGGGGCGAGUCCCGGGAUGCAGAGCAGCAGCAGCAGCGUGAGCCUGGCGAGUGGGGGAUCCAGUGUGAGAGGUAACGGGGGGGGCAGUGCAGGCGCGGGGGUGAUGGGCGGAGGGGGCACGCCGCUGCUGCCAGGGGAAGGGGAAAGCGGAGGGGGAGAGACGCCGUCGCCGCUGUUACAGGGAGGGGAGGAGGCGGUGGAUGGGGAGGCGGGGGAUGGGGAGGGGGUGAGGUUUCUGGCAGAGUCGCCAGACGAGGCGGCGUUUGUGGUGGCGGCGAAGCGCCUGGGGUUCCUGUUCCUGGGGCGGCAGGGCAACGAGCUGAAAGUGCGCGAGUAUGGGGCCGGGUGGAGUGUGGUGCAGGACCGGUCCCCCCACUCGUCUCCCCUCCCAUCCCCGUUUCCCCUCCCAACCCCUAUCCGUUUCCCCUCCCAACCCCUAUCCGUCUCCCCUCUUAACCCCUAUCCCAAGCGCAUGUCCCCCGCCCCCCCACGCCCUCAACUACCGCCCCCCUUGCACCCCCUGUCCACGUGCAGCAAGCGCAUGUCGGUGGUGGUGCGCACGCCAGAAGGGCGGCUGCUGCUGCUCUGCAAGGGCGCAGACAACGUCAUCAUGGACCGCCUCUCCUCCGACCCCCACGCGCAGAAGUACCGACCAAUCACGGAGCGCCACAUGACCAUGUACGCAGAGGCGGGGCUGAGAACCCUGGCGAUCGCGUGGAGGGAGGUGGGCGAGGAGGAGUACACGGCGUGGCAGCAGCGGUGGGUGGAGGCGAAGGGGUACGUGGCGGACGCGGGUGUGCAGGCGGAGCGGCUGGAGGCACUGGCGGAUGAACUGGAGAGUGGACUGGUGCUGGUGGGGGCUACUGCUAUUGAAGAUAAGCUGCAGGUGAGGGGUGUGGGGUGCUGGGGGGGCGAGCUGCAGGUGGAGCGCCUGGAGGCACUGGCUGAUGAACUGGAGAGCGGACUCGUGGAGCGGCUGGAGGCGCUGGCUGAUGAACUGGAGAGUGGACUCGUGCUCGUGGGCGCCACUGCCAUUGAGGACAAACUGCAGUCACUGCCUCCCUCCCCUUUUCCACAUCCUCUCAUGCCCCUCUCCCCCCGUUCCCCUGCUGGCCCCUCUCAUCCUCGCCUGCCCACUCCUCACUCGCCCCCAUGCCCUCACCAGGUGGGAGUACCACAGGCCAUAGAGGCGUUAGCGCAGGCGGGGAUAAAGCUGUGGGUGCUGACAGGGGACAAGCUGGAGACAGCCAUCAACAUCGGCUUCCCUGCUGCUACCAAAUCACCUGCCCUGUCCUCAUGCCCCCCGUGCCCUCACCAGGUGGGAGUACCACAGGCCAUAGAGGCGUUGGCGGUGGCGGGGAUAAAGCUGUGGGUGCUGACAGGGGACAAGCUGGAGACGGCGAUCAACAUCGGGUUUGCGUGCAGCCUGCUGCGCCACCACAUGCAGCAGCACUUCGUCUUCCUCGAGGACAAUGAUGCCGCUGCCAAGGAGGCUGCUAGAAGGGGCGUGCCGCUCAAGGAGUUUGCAGCGGAGUUGGUGCGCUCGCAGAUCCUGGCAGCCAGUGAGUCCGUGCACGGCGCACAGUGGCCAGGCGCACCGCAGGCAGACAGCACAGAUUCCAGUGGGAGAACCAGCAACCGCGCCGAUAUCCCUGCGCAGGAACACCGCGACGACGGGGGCGGAAGUGAGGGCGGGAGCGAGGGCGAGGGAGGGAGUGGGAGUGAGAGUGGGAGCGAGGGUGGGGCGGCACAGGAGCAUGCAGUGGUGAUCGAUGGCAAGGCACUGGCGCUUGUACUGGCAGAUGAUGCCCUGCGCGCUGCCUUUUUGGAGCUGGCGCUGCAGUGCGCGUCGGUGAUCUGCUGCCGCGUGUCGCCGAAGCAGAAGGCGCAGGUGACGGCCAUGGUGCGGCGCGAGGGCAAGCAGAUCUGCCUCGCCAUUGGGGACGGCGCCAACGACGUGGGCAUGAUCCAGAAGGCGAAUAUCGGCGUGGGCAUCCGCGGGGAGGAGGGGCAGCAGGCUGUCAUGGCGUCAGACUUUGCCAUUGGCCAGUUCAGAUUCCUGGAGAGGCUGCUGUUGGUGCACGGGGGAUGGUGCUACAAGCGCAUCUGCAUUCUGAUAACCUAUUUCUUCUACAAGUGUUUUGUGUUUGCGUUCACCAUCCUCUUCUACAACUGCCUCGCAUACUUCUCCGGCACAGCGGUGUACUACGACUGGUACCUCACGCUCUUCAUGGUCUUCUUCACCUCGCUGCCCAUCGGCGUGGUGGGAGUCAUGGACCAGGACGUCAAGCCCGUCUACCGCCUGCGCUACCCACAGCUCUACAAGCAGGGCCAGCGCAACGAGUACUUCUCAGUGGUGAGUGUGGCGAGCUGGAUGGUGAACGGGCUGGUGCAGGCGGCCAUCCUCUUCACGCUCACGCUGCUGCCCUUCGCCCUCGUGCCCGACCGCCCCACCGGGCUCACCCUGGACCUCACGGCCGUGGGCACCAUCAUGUAUGCUGCUGUCGUCACCACCGUCAACCUUGAACUCGGCUCCAACGUGCAGUAUUGGAACGCGCUGCACUUCAUCACGAUAUUCGGGUCCAUCCUCUUCUUCUUCCUCCUCAUGACGGUCGGCAGCUACAUGCCCGCCAAGUGGGUGGGCAAUCUGGUGGGCGUGGCCGGGCAGCUGCUGCCCGCCGCCAGCUUCUGGCUCAACCUGCUGCUCGCCGUCGUCGCCGCCAUGCUGCCCUCCUACGCUAUCCGCGGGAUCUGGAGGCAUGUAUGCCCGGGAGACCAUGAGGUGGUGCAGGAGAUCGAGCGCCGAGAGAGACGGCGAAGGUUGACGCGGCUCUCCACCAUGGCACGCCACAUGUGCGCCGGUGCACCGCUGGUGACCAAUCACGGCGCGAGUGGCGGUGCUGACGUGGAGAGGUCGGCUCAUGGGGCUGCUGGUAGCGAUGACACUGCUCCCUCCAUUCAAUCAAACAAGAGCGCCCUCUAUCUCUCUCCCUCCCUCGACAUCCCCAUUGAAUUCAACCUCCCUCAAGGUUCCCCUCUCAUACCCUCUCUCUACCUCCCCCUUUCUAUCAACCUCCCUCGUUCUCCCCCUUACAUUCACCCUCCCUCGAACUCCCCAUUCAUUCUCUCCGACAUGCGCACUCCCUUGCUUUUGGCGCGCAUCGAGCUCCCCCCAUCAUUCUCCCCCCAUCCAGCCCCCCCCUCGCUCUCUCCCCCCCAUCGAGCUCCCCCCGUCCUCCACCCAUCCGUUCUCCCAUCGACCUCCCCCCAUCAUUCUCCUCCCAUAGAGCUCCCCCCAUCAUUCUCCUCCAAUAGAGCUCCCCCCAUCAUUCUCCCCCCAUCGACCUCCCAUAUACUCUCCCCCCCCAUCCAGCACCCCUUUUCAUUCUCCCCCCAUCGACCCUCCCUUUACUCUCUCCCCCCAUCGAGCUCCCCCUAUCAUGGUCCCCCCUACUGGCUCCCCCUAUCAUGCUCCCCCAAUCGAGCUCCUCCCAUCAUCCCCCCCCCCCCCAUCGAACCCCCCCCUUACCACUCUCCCCCCAUAGAGCUCCCCCUAUCAUGCUCCCCCCGUCGAACUCCCCCUAUCAUUUACCCCCCCCAUCGAGCUCCCCCUAUCAUUUCCCCUCCCCACCGACCUCCCCCUAUCAUUCCCUCCCCAUCGAACUCUCCCAUACCGUUCUCCCCCCAUAGAGCUCCCACGAUCGUUCUCCCCCCAUCGAACUCCCCCCACCAGCAUCCUCCCAUCGACCUCCCCCCAUCAUUCUCCCCCCAUAGAGCUCCCCCCGUCCACCCUCUCAUUUCCCCCCGUGCUCCCUCUCAGCCCCCCCACUACUCACCAUCAUUUCCCGCCUUGCUCUCUCUCAUUUCCCCCUAUCAUGAGCUCCCCCUAUCAUUCUCCCCCCCCCCCUACCAUUCUCCCCCCUAUCGUUCUCCCUCCAGUGACCUGCCCAUUUCAUUCUCACACCCUCGGGCUCCCCCAAUCAUCCUCCCCCCCCCCCCCCGUCCUGCCCCUUUCAUUCUCUCCCUCCUUUAUCUACCCUUACCCCCCCCACUACUCAACAUCGUUUCCCGCCUUGCUCUCUCUCAUUUCCCCCUCGUCUCACUCUCAUUACGGCCCUUCUCCCUUCCUAUUCCCCCUUUGCUCCCCGUCAUUUCCCCCCCUGCUCCUUCUCUCUUCCAUCCGUGCUCCCCCUCACUUCCACCCUUGCUCACCCUCAUUUCCCCCCUUGCGCCCUCUUAUUCUCCCCCUUGCCGCCCCUCGUCUCCCACCUUUCUACCAGGCAGUUCCCCCUUCUCCUGCAAAAGCACCCGCACCCCUCUCAUCUCCCUCCAUCACCCCAUCAUUUCUCGCCCUUCUCCCCCUCAUUUUCCCCACCGUGCUCCACUUCUUCCAGUGUGA